AUGGCGCCCGUCCCGGCUGCGUCCCCGCCGCAGCAGGCCCUCACCUUCAACGACGUCUUUGACGAUGCCGAUGACGAGCCCCAGCAGCAGCAGACGGUCCAGCACAUCCGCGCCAACUCGAGCAUUAUGCACCUCAAGAAGAUUCUCGCCGAGUCUUGUGCUAACCGAGGCCUCAACAUGCAGUCGCCAACCGUGGUGAAAUCCCUAUUCGAGUAUGGAAACAUCCUCUCCAUUUACGAAUGGCGGCGCAAUUGCUAUCCGACUGAGCUAACCAUGGUGGCUCUGCUCUCUAGAUUUUCAGAACUCUAUGAGGAUCGACUAAGCAUGCACCGUCAAAAGGCCGACGAAGCCUACGUGAUUGGAAAGCGCGGUCAAUAUACCCCUGUCGGUGCCUAUCUCGCCGGCGACGAAAUUAUCAAGAUUGCUGUCGAGCAUGGCGCUCAACUGAUCCAUCCCGCACUUCCCGAGCUAACUCCACCAGGCUACGGCUUCCUCUCCGAGAACGCCGAAUUCGCUCGCAACGUCGAAAAGGCUGGUCUCAUUUUCGUCGGUCCCUCCCCCGAUGUCAUUGAUGCCCUCGGUGACAAGGUCUCGGCCAGAAAGCUCGCCAUAGCAGCCCAAGUCCCCGUUGUCCCGGGUACCCCGGGUGCCGUCGCCACUUACGAAGAGGUCAAGUCCUUCACUGACGAGUAUGGAUUCCCCAUCAUCAUCAAGGCCGCUUACGGUGGUGGCGGCCGUGGUAUGCGUGUAGUCCGCGAGCCCGAGAGCCUUCAGGAGAACUUUGAGCGUGCCACCUCCGAGGCCAAGUCCGCUUUCGGCAACGGUACCGUCUUUGUCGAGCGUUUCCUUGACAAGCCCAAGCAUAUCGAGGUUCAGCUCAUUGGUGAUAACCACGGCAACAUUGUCCACCUGUACGAGCGUGAUUGCUCCGUCCAGCGUCGCCACCAAAAGGUCGUCGAGAUUGCUCCCGCCAAGGAUCUCCCCAAGGAGACCAGAGACGCCAUUCUCGCCGACGCUGUCAAACUGGCCAAGUCGGUUAACUACCGCAACGCCGGUACCGCCGAAUUCCUUGUCGACCAGCAGAACCGAUACUACUUCAUUGAGAUCAACCCCAGAAUCCAGGUCGAACACACAAUCACCGAAGAAAUUACCGGCAUCGAUAUCGUCGCCGCUCAGAUCCAGAUCGCCGCUGGUGCCACCCUUGCCCAGCUUGGCCUGACUCAGGAUCGCAUCUCCACUCGCGGUUUUGCCAUUCAGUGCCGUAUCACCACUGAGGACCCUGCCAAGCAGUUCCAGCCCGACACUGGAAAGAUUGAAGUCUAUAGAACUGCCGGUGGCGCUGGUGUUCGCCUUGACGGUGGCAAUGGUUUCGCCGGUUCAGUCAUUACACCCUUCUACGAUUCCAUGCUGGUCAAGUGCACUUGCCACGGCUCAACUUACGAAAUCGCCCGCAGAAAGGUUCUCCGUGCUCUCAUUGAGUUCCGUGUCCGCGGUGUCAAGACCAACAUUCCCUUCUUGGCCCGUCUGCUUACCCAUCCUACUUUCAUCGAGAGCAACUGCUGGACCACCUUCAUCGACGAUACCCCCGAGCUCUUUGAUCUCCUCAGCAGCCAGAACAGAGGCCAGAAGCUGCUCGCUUACCUCGGUGAUGUUGCCGUCAACGGCAGUUCCAUCAAGGGCCAGAUUGGAGAGCCCAAGUUCAAGGGCGAAAUCAUCAUUCCUGAAAUUGUUCGAUCCGAUGGCACCAAGGUCGAUGUCAGCCAGCCUUGCCAGAAGGGCUGGAGAAACAUCAUCAUCGAGCAGGGCCCUAAGGCCUUUGCCAAGGCUGUUCGCCAGAACAAGGGAUGUCUUCUCAUGGAUACUACUUGGCGUGAUGCUCACCAGUCUCUUCUGGCCACACGUGUUCGUACUGUUGAUCUGCUCAACAUUGCCAAGGAGACCAGCCACGCUCUGUCCAACCUGUUCAGCUUGGAAUGCUGGGGAGGUGCUACUUUUGAUGUCGCCAUGCGCUUCCUGUACGAAGACCCUUGGGACCGUCUCCGCAAGAUGCGCAAGCUUGUUCCCAACAUUCCAUUCCAGAUGCUUCUGCGUGGUGCCAACGGUGUCGCUUACUCUUCUCUCCCUGACAAUGCCAUUGACCAGUUUGUCGACCAGGCCAAGAAGAACGGUGUCGAUAUUUUCCGUGUAUUUGAUGCUCUGAACGAUAUUGAUCAGCUCGAGGUCGGUAUCAAGGCUGUCCACAAGGCUGGUGGUGUUGUUGAGGGUACCGUCUGCUUCAGCGGUGACAUGCUCAACCCCCACAAGAAGUACAACUUGGAGUACUACCUCGACCUUAUUGAGAAGCUCGUUAAGCUCGACAUCCAUAUUCUUGGCAUCAAGGAUAUGGCUGGUGUUCUCAAGCCCCACGCUGCUACCCUUCUGAUCGGCGCCGUCCGCGAGAAAUACCCCGACCUGCCCAUCCACGUCCACACUCACGACUCCGCCGGUACUGGCGUUGCCUCCAUGGUUGCUUGCGCCAAGGCCGGUGCCGAUGCUGUCGACGCUGCCACUGACAGUUUGUCUGGCAUGACUUCCCAACCCAGCAUCAACGCCAUUAUGGCGUCUCUCGAGGGAUCUGGCCUCGAGCCUGGUCUGGAUCCUCACCAGGUCCGCGCUCUGGACACCUACUGGUCGCAGCUCCGCCUCCUCUACUCUCCCUUCGAAGCCCACCUUGCUGGUCCCGACCCCGAGGUUUACGAGCACGAAAUCCCUGGUGGUCAGCUCACCAACAUGAUGUUCCAGGCUUCGCAGCUCGGUCUCGGCUCCCAGUGGCUUGAGACCAAGAAGGCCUACGAACAGGCCAACGAUCUCCUCGGCGAUAUUGUCAAGGUCACUCCUACCUCCAAGGUUGUUGGUGAUCUUGCUCAGUUUAUGGUUUCCAACGGUCUUGAUGCUGCGGCAGUCAAGGCUCGUGCUAGCGAGCUCGACUUCCCUGGCUCCGUUUUGGAAUUCCUUGAGGGUCUGAUGGGUCAGCCCUACGGCGGAUUCCCCGAGCCUCUCCGAACCGAUGCCCUGCGCGGACGCCGCAAGCUUGACAAGCGCCCCGGUCUCUACCUCGAACCUGUCGACUUUGCCAAGGUCAAGAAGGAAUUAGGCAAGAAGCUCGGCGCCCCCGUUACUGAAUGCGACAUCGCUUCUUAUGUCAUGUACCCCAAGGUUUUUGAGGACUACCGCAAGUUUGUUGACCAGUACGGUGACCUCUCUGUCCUUCCUACGCGCUUCUUCCUCUCCAAACCUGAGAUUGGUGAGGAGUUCAACGUUGAGCUGGAGAAGGGCAAGGUUCUGAUUCUGAAGCUCCUUGCUAUCGGUCCCCUGAGUGAGAACACUGGCCAGCGUGAAGUGUUCUUUGAGAUGAAUGGCGAGGUCCGCCAGGUGACCGUCAUUGAUAAGACGGCUGCCGUCGAGAACAUUAGCCGCCCCAAGGCCGAUGCCACCGACUCGAGCCAGGUUGGUGCCCCCAUGUCUGGUGUUUUGGUUGAGAUGAGAGUGCAUGAGGGCUCGGAGGUGAAGAAGGGCGACCCUCUUGCUGUCUUGUCGGCCAUGAAGAUGGAAAUGGUUAUUUCUGCUCCCCACAGCGGCAAGGUUUCCGGCCUGCAGGUCAAGGAAGGCGACUCCGUCGAUGGCUCCGACCUUAUCUGCCGCAUCACCAAAUAA